AUUUCAGAGGACCGUCUGUCUUUGCGCAACCUCACUUCUCCUCUCCCCUCCCAACCACAACUUCUCCAGUGACUUCGCAAAUAUGGCGCAAGACCCAGUAGACGUUGAUAUGGAUCUGGAUUCCAAAGUCCCCGGUGUCGAUCCAGAGGACGCCGAUACCGAACAGAAAAUCAUCAACGAAGAGUACAAGACUUGGAAGAAGAACAGUCCUUUCCUCUAUGACAUGAUACUGAGUACUGCGCUGGAAUGGCCAACCUUGACCACUCAAUGGUUUCCUGAUAAGAAGGAGCCCGCGGGCAAAAACUAUACCAUCCACCGCCUGUUGAUUGGCACACACACAUCGAACGGCGCGCAGAACUACCUCCAAAUUGCAAAUGUCGAGAUUCCGAAGAAUAUUACUCCAAAUCCUCACGACUAUGAUGAGCAGAGAGGUGAAAUUGGUGGCUAUGGAAACUCCUCAAAUGGAGAACAAGCUGCAAUCAAGAUGAACAUUGAGCAGAAGAUCGAUCACCCAGGAGAGGUCAACAAGGCGAGAUACCAACCACAAAAUCCAAAUAUCAUUGCCACCAUGGCUCCUGGUGGGAGAGUCUUGAUUUUUGACCGUACAAAGCAUAGCAGUAUUCCCAAGGGAGUUGUAUCCCCUCAAGCGGAACUCAUCGGCCACAAGAGCGAAGGUUUUGGGCUGUGCUGGAAUCCACAUGAGGCUGGAAAGCUUGCAACUGGUAGUGAGGACAAAACGGUUCGGUUAUGGGACUUAAAAACAAUGAGCGGAAAGGACAACCACGUCAAGGCCGCUCGCAUUUAUACACACCACAAGGCCGUUGUAAAUGACGUUCAAUAUCACCCGCUCCACAAGUCUCUCAUUGGAACCGUCUCAGACGAUUGCACUCUUCAAAUUCUCGAUGUGCGUCAGGGUGACCUCAAAGAGGCAUCCGUCACCUGCGAUGCUCAUUCCGAUGCUGUCAAUGCUUUGGCAUUCAACCACGCUUCCGAGUACGUUCUCGCUACUGCAUCCGCUGAUAAAACUAUUGGUAUCUGGGAUUUGAGGAAUCUCAAAGAUAAGCUUCAUUCCCUUGAGGGCCACGGAGACGCUGUUACUUCUCUGGCUUGGCAUCCACACGAGGAGUCGAUUCUUGGAAGUGGUGGAUAUGAUCGCCGUGUCAUCUUCUGGGAUCUUAGCCGAGUUGGUGAGGAGCAAUUGCCAGAUGACCAAGAAGACGGACCUCCUGAGCUCCUGUUCAUGCACGGCGGCCACACAAACCAUCUCUCUGAUUUCAGCUGGAAUGUCAACGAGCCAUGGGUCGUCUGCAGUGCCGCCGAGGAUAACCUUAUCCAGAUCUGGAAGGUAGCCGAAGCCAUUGUAGGUAAGGAUCUGGAUGACAUUCCUGUCGACGAGCUUGAGCGGUGAGAGACACGCGGGAAGGUGAGUGUAAGAUGGAUACCCGAGCGAUACAGAGAGAGUUGAUAAAAAUCCUGGCUUGACGGAGGAACAGGAGUUACAGCCAUAGUCGGGUGCAGCUAGGAGGGAUGGCAUGGCGUUCAUGGAGUGAUAAUGAAUGAUAUUGUCUAGACUUUGGUCCGUGAAAUUACUUGGGCACUCAAAACGUCAGCCAAAGACAGCUUGGGCUCUGCCCUAGUAUUGUAGCAUCUUAAAGAACUGUAUUCUGAAUUUAGCACGCCGCACGUCCGCGUCCAAGAUCUGUCUUACCUUCCUGUGUUAUGUUGACCUGCACGACUGACAUGGAGAGAGGCCGAAAGGG